GGCCGAAAUCUAGACAAAGCAAAACAGUAGCAGAAGACGAUAAGAAAUUUGAUAUCGAGAUUUUACUCAAGAUGUGGAAAUUUCUAUUGGUUUCUUUUGUCGGACUUGUUGUCAUACAGCACAUAUUGACAUUUGUAUACAUUAUGGGAUAUCACAAGUUUGUCUUCAAGCACAGGCCCGGCAAGUGUAAGGUUCUAAGUUUCAUAGACUAUGGUGUAGCUGACAUGGAGUUAAUGCCUGAUGGCCUUGUGAUUGUAGCAUCAUCUAACUACAGAUCCAAUCCUAAGAUAGGAGUGAUCCAUACUUUCAAUCUUUCAAGACCAGAGGAUGGGUUUGUGAGAGUCGUCAUCAGUAGCAGACCUCAAGGAUCUUUCCACCCUAUCGGACUCAGUAGUGUUCGUGACGCAGGUUCCAGCUAUGUCUAUGUUGUUAACAAACAGAAUAUGGGAGACUGUGUAGAGGUAUAUGAAUGGAAUAUGAAAGAAAAUAAACCAACCAUGAGAUUCCUGAAAGAGAUUAAUGACCCACUCAUGAGAAGAUUGAGCGAUGUGUUGGCAGUGGGACCUGAUCAGUUUUAUGUUACCAACCAAGCGUACAGUCUUGAUCCCGGAGGACGAUUGUUUGAGCACUACAUGAUGUUUCCUUGGGGAAGUGUGCUGUAUUGUGAUCCAAGCUGCAGACUGGUGUCCAAUCCUAUCUUUGAACCAAGUGGGAUUCAUAUUUCACCAGAUAAAAAGUACAUCUAUGUUUCUUUACUAUAUGGUAUGGGUGUACAUGGUUACAAGCGAGACCCAGCAACCAAUGCAUUGACACCGCAGACUGAUAGAUCUGUGAGCCUUUCAUCAUUGGUUGACAACGUAUUUGUUGAUGUGAACGGGAGCGUAUGGACGGCCAAUCAUCCUGCGGCUUUUAAAUAUGAAGCAUACGAGAAACAUAAAAGGAUUUUACCCCCAUCCCAGGUACUCCAUAUUCGAUUCCGUGCAUCAUCUAAAGAGAUAUUUGAAGUGUACAGUGAUGACGGAACUCAGCUACCAGCAUCGUCUUCAGUGGUCUACUAUCGAGACAAGCUGCUGAUUGCUUCCAGGUCAAAGGGCAUGCUUCUCUGUGACACUAACAUCAAUUGGUGAUGGUCAGCAAGGUCUUUUAGAUAAUGGUGAUUGGUCAGCAGAUGAGGCACUGGGUGAUGAUUGGUCCGCAGCCAGGCCUAUGGGUGGUGAUUGGUCAGCAGCUAAGCCACUGGGUGAUGAUUGGUCAGCAGCUAAGCCACUGGGUGAUGAUCGGUCAAAAGGUAAGCCACUGGGUGAUGAUUGGUCAGUCAGCUAAGCCACCGGGUGAUGAUUGGUCAACAGCUAAGCCACUGGGUGAUGAUUGAUCAACAGCUAAGCCACUGAGUGAUGAUUGGUCAGUCAGCUAAGCCACAGAGUGAAGAUUGGUCAGCAGCUAAGCCACUGGGCGGUGAUUGGUCAGCAGCAAAGCCACUAGGUGAUAAUUGGUCAGUCAGCUAAGCCACUGGGUGAUGAUAGGUCAGCAGCUAAGCCACUGGGUGGUGACCAGUCAACAGCUUGGUCACUGGAGUCAGUCAGCUAAGCCACCAGUGACUAAUCAGCUAAGCAACAUGAGAUUAUUAACAUCAUCUCUUUAUUUUUAGUGAGAAAUUUAUCCUAUUCACUCGUUAUUCGUUACACCGCCUCGUACAGUCAAGUAUUUUUUUCACUUUCUUUGGCUCUAAAUGCCAAAAUCCGACAUGGAGAAUGUCUUUUGCACGAAAGUGAAAUUCAAUAUUCUAAGUAACCAUACAUUGAAAAUAUUCUGGGCUAAAUUUGUUGAAGAGUGACGGAAAAGGGUACGUAGAAGCGAGUCAAAUAGAUUAAUUGCUUUUAAAACCAAGUUAGUUUCUUGAAAUUAGCAGUAGAAAGGACCCAACAUCUUCCUUUUUGAUUUGGGGAAUAAUUACUAUGAUUUCAGUCCGUCAAAAUUGUAAUUUUGUUGUGGUUGCCAUGAAUUCAUGUUAGUUUUCAGACUGCACUACUCUGUUAUCAUUGUCAGAACUAAUCAGUUUGAUCAUUGUUUAAUUAGGUUUAAAAGUUUUAGUUUGAUAUACUGAACUCAUGUUUGCAAAUUUCUAUAUGUGUCUAGUUCAAGCCGUGAAAAAAUCUCAUGUGCAAUAACUGUUAUUCAAUUGCUCAUCUCUGUCUGAAAAGUACUAAAUGUAUCUUAACUUUUAACAAUGAUUUAUUAUAGCUACCGGUAUUCACUUUAAUGUACAUGUACAUGUAUAAUGAUUACUAGUAGAUGUUGACUAUGAAAAUUGUUAUUCGGAUAUUUUAAAACAUUGGAUCUCACACCUGCCAACCUAAUCAGGAACCUUGACAGAAGUCAAGAGCAGUGUCUUUCCCAAUAGAAACCUGAAUGUGGCUUUUCAAUAGAGUACCGAAGUGUGACGUCAGAUGACGAUCAUCUGUACACAUUAGCUUGUCUGAAAAAUAGGUUGCAAGCGAUCAAAUUCCGAUGGCAGCCAUUUUCUUCUAUGAGAAACACACGCUUUCAUUCAGCAGGUUCAUUUGUUUAGAACCAGGCCGCCCUGACACCAUGGCAACUGACGUUAUCGCUUUGGUACUCUCUACCACUUCUCACAUUUUACAAAAGACAGAGCAUGAGAUAUAAAGGAAAGCUUAUAUAAAUAGACACAUACCUUGUAGUAGUUUACCCCCAAUGUCCUCCGCCAGGAAGUACUACUCGGGGCUGACGAGAGAGGGUGUAUUAUUUCUGAGGUGUAGGUCCGGGGCUUUGGGAGAGCCUUUGUAAUUUGGUUUUGAAGAUAACAUAGCGUCUUAAGUUUUUCAGGCAAAAUGCAGUGAAAAAAAUAAAUAAGAAUCGAAGUGAAAUCCAAUAAACAUAACAAUUCAUCAGUGGAAUAUACCCCCUCAGCAUUGAUGCAAGUUGAUAGGGCUUAUGUGCUAGAUUUCUUUGAUUUCCAUAUAUCUUUUUUUUUUCAAUCUUUUUUUAUUUAGGUGUUUAUUUCUUACCAGGAUUGUGUGCCAUAUAAACUUAAUGUAUUUUUUUGCAACUCAAGACUGGAAAUCAUGUGUUCAUUUAAAGAAAUGUGGAUGUUUAUUAAUAAUGAUGCUUGAUAUAAAUUAAUUCAAUUCUUGUAGCAGCUGAUAUAUUCAAAGUCAAUGUGCAAUCAUUGAAAUGAAUUAAUUUCAUGAUUGAAUGAAAUUUUGAUAAAUUGUAAAGGAAGACUAUGAUUCUCAUCAGAGUACUUUGUUGAAUUUUGAUAAACUAUGGGGCUCUAGAAGCAGGGGGUGGGGGACUGGGGGUGUACAGGUCACAAAAUGAUUGAGAAAAGAAUGGUCAUCCUUGUUUCUGAGACAUAAAUGAAAGUCGCAAACAACAUUUGUACAUGUAAUGUAUUCUUUAAGUAAUAAAUUUAUUGGGUCGUGAUUUUUCCCUCAUAUUACAUUUUAUAUUUGUACUGCAAGACAAUGAAGUCAUUUAUUGCAUUUUCCUUGAUCAAAUCUAUUUGAGACCAAAGAAAUGGUUUGACUUUUGACUUUAAUAGAAGAGGUAUUAACAUAAAAUGUUUUUGCAUAAUCUGAGCUAUAAAGUUGUUUUUACUUGGACGAAUAUUUGACGUACAGAAAAUUGGUUUCUGCAAGUAAACUUGUAUCGCAUAGAACGUCAACAGCAGCCUGUAAAAACAGACUUAAAAUAAAUCCUAAUAUUAAUUGUUAUGCAUGGUUUUUUUCAGAGACUUACAAUUAAAAUUGAUUUGUAUCUUUCAAGUAACAGGACAAGGUAAUACGUCCUUAAGGCUGCAUUAUGGAAGAAUAUAACUGAACCAUACCGGUGAGUCCAGCUAAGUCAAUUCUCUCGGACGACAAAAAUCUGGGCCCCGUCUUACAAAGAGUUACGAUUGAUCUGAUCAAUCGCAGCUAUGGAAAGCCAGCAACGUCAACAUCUGAAAUGCAUGUUUCUUCCAAAUAUUUUCUAGAUGUGAUGUAAAAUGAUACAUUCAUUGUUUUCUUUAAAGUUUGGUGUGCUUCUCUUUUCAUGCAAAUUUCCUGGAGAAAAAAUUAUGACAUUUUUGGAUUUCUAUAUAGUGUAAGAUGAUCAAAUCAAUUGGUCGAUUGGUGCUACAUGUAAAUUGUCUUUACAUGUACAUGAAAAAGAGGUAAAAACACAAGCUUUGCCAAUCUGGGCCCCUAACACAAUGGUUAGCAAUAAUGCUUAAUGAAAUGGCCUAUCAAGACCAUCGUUACAUGUGCAUUUUGCUCAGUAGACUGACUAGGAACCAAUCAGAAUUGUUCUUUCAAAUUAGUGAUUAAUCGCUAAUCUUUGUGUUAUGCCGCCCUGGGCCCCGUAACACAAAGGUUAGCGAUUGAUCGUACGCUUAAUUUUUACGAUUGUGUUUUUGUAGUCAAUUCAAUCAAUCAUAGAAAAGUGUUUCUACGAUCAAAAGCUUUGUGUUACGGGCCCUGGUCUGGGAAAUUGCUUCAACUUGGGCGAUUAGCAGAUUUAACUGUUUGUGAAUGUAGUCUGGCUAACUUUGCUUGCCCAAAUAGAAAAGUACAUGAACAGAAUGAAGUAGCUGUUUUUAAAGUCAUGAACUUCCUAGGCAGUCUUCUUUGUGAUUUGUCUUUUCUUAUAUGUUGUGAUAAGCAUGGAAUUAUUUCAUUGACAUCAAAAAGCUGGAUGGAGCUUGUUGCGUGUUGCUGCACAUAUGACCUUGAAGCUACAAGUACUCCAUGACACAACAGUAUAUGGGACCAUACCAACAUGUAAGAAACAGCACGCACACGAGAGGAAAACUUUUGUGUGUCAUUGGGUGGUUUCAAGUCCGGUUUUGGUGAUGGAAGCACAAUUUGGAUUGCCUCCCCUACAUGUAGCUCCAAAACCUAUUCUGAGUUUGUAAAACUGAUCCAGAUCACAUUAUCGACACCUCCGCAACUAGUGAGUGACUUUUUGGGACCAUCUUCAUUUUAUGUUUGGUGUU